AUGAAAAGUUAUGAUACUCAAUCAAAGCCUAUUCCUCUUCAUCGUGUUUUUCCUUCACUCUUUCCAAAAGAGGAGAUGUUGCACAACAGUGGAAAGCGUGUUAAUGUCAGAAAACUUUUUAAGCAACACGAGCAGCUAGAAAAAGCCGGUGCAUCACAAGAGAUUCUUGACGGAAUUAACAAGGCCAUAGACAUGGAAUUCGAACGUCGUUUUGAUGUUGAUGAUUCUGAGACUUGUAAAGAGCUAACUGAUACAACUAAUAAACUACAGCUUCAGAUUGAUAAUAUCAAUCUCCAGCUCGAGUCGGUGCUUACCAAAGAUGAAUUCGAAAUCAAACUGAAAGCUGGCCUGGAUUCACAUAUGUUGUCAAUCCAAUCGAUGAUGAGAUCUCUGAUGGAGGAGCUCUUGUCUACAACGAAUUUCCACCAAGGUGAUCAUAGUGGAGCUCAGGGACACAAUCUACAGGUUAGGAAUUCAUUUCACAAUCAUUCAGGGGGUCGUGAUUACAAUCAUCGUCAGCGUCUUCCAAAGAUAGAUUUUCCACGUUUCGAUGGCGAUAAUCCAAAAGGAUGGCUUAAUAAAUGUGAGUAUUUCUUUCAAAUGCAUGAGAUUCCUGAAUUUAACAAAUCUAGAAUGGCUGCAAUGCAUUUUGAUGGAAAGGCAGCUAAAUGGUUUGAGAAUUUUCGAUUAAAUAGACCUCAUAUCUCUUGGCAAGACUUAAGUAGUGAUGUUUGUCUUCGUCUUAAAAAUCCUUCUCAUGAAAACAUUGUGGGUAUGUUCAAUAAAUUGUCUCAACUUACAACUGUGGAUGCUUAUUUUGAGGAAUUUGAACAUCUGAAGGCACUCCUGUUAAGCAAACACAAUAUCUUUACAGAGGAAUAUUUCAUUAGAAGUUUUAUUGGUGGGUUAAAAGAAGAAUUAAGAGGCCAAUACUUAUGUUUGCCUCCUGUUACACCAGCUUCUUCCACUCAAUCAUCUUCAUUCACUUCAAACCCAUUACCAAAACAUAACACAUCUAUUCCUAUUAAAAGGCUCACCCCUGAACAAGUGCAGGCUAGAAAAGCCAGAGGUCUGUAUUAUAAUUGUGAUGAAGUAUACAAAAGGGGUCAUGUAUGUAAACAACAACAUCUAUGCUUAAUGAUUGGAGCUGAGAGUGAAGACAGUUCUCUAGACACAGAAGAAGCUACUCCUCUUGAAAAAGAGGACUCACCUAUGGAGAGUGACAUGGAAAUUUCCCUUCAUGCCUUGACAAGUAAUAAUUCUGGUGAAACUAUUAGAAUUCCCGGUCUUAUUAAAAAGAGAAAUAUUUCAGUACUUAUAGAUACAAGUAGCACACAUAGUUUCAUUGAUAGUGACAUUGCUAGGCAACUCAACUGUACCAUUGAGCCAACUGCUAGCAUGUUAGUCACUUUGGCUAAUGGUGAUAGAACUGUCAGUAAUGGUAUCUGCUCAAACUUAAAUUGGUUUAUGCACAACCACAAGUUUUCUGGUAGUUUAAGACUCUUACCACUUGGUGGCUGUGAUUUGGUUUUGGAAGUUGAUUGGCUGAAGCAAUUGGGGGAUGUGAUUUUUAACUUCUCCAAGUUGAGUAUUUCUUUUAAACAUAAUGCGAAGAAGAUUACACUUACUGGUACUCAAGAUAAAGCUUCUUACAGCAUGAUGAGUGGCAAUGCAUCUACAAGAUUCUUCAAAAAACACACUCAUGGCCUGAUUGGCCAACUAUUUUCCAUCUCCACUUCACCACCACCUACUCCUCCACCACCUCCAAUUUCAGAAUUACUUAAUCAAUAUUCUGAUGUUUUUUCUGAGCCAAAAUCCCUUCCACCACAGAGAAACCUAGACCACUCAAUUCCUCUUAAAAAAAAUUCUGAACCAGUUAACAUGAGACCUUAUAAGUGUCCCUACCUUCAGAAGAAGCUUAAAAACAUCACAUUCAAGGACAAAUUUCCAAUUCCAAUUAUAGAUGAGUUUCUUGAUGAAUUACAUGGUAAGAAGUUUUUUUCCAAAAUUGAUUUAAGAGCUGGAUAUCAUCAAAUAAGGGUCACUUCUUCUGACAUAUACAAGACUGCAUUCAGAACUCAUCAUGGUCACUUUGAAUUCAAGGUGAUGCCAUUUGGACUUACAAAUGAACCUGCUACCUUCCAAGCUCUUAUGAAUGACAUAUUUCAAGAACACUUAAGGAAAUUCAUCUUCGUAUUCUUUGAUGAUAUCCUUGUGUAUAGUUCUUCCUUGGAGGAGCAUCUGUUGCACUUGCAACUUACACUGGAUAUAUUGAGAAAGCAUCAGCUAUUUGCAAACUUUACCAAGUGUUGUUUUGGCCAACAGGAGCUAAAGUAUUUGGGACACAUCAUUACUGCUGAAGGAGUUAAAGCUGACCCUGUAAAGAUUUCUGCUAUGCACAAUUGGCUACUUCCUCACACACUUAAGGAUCUAAGAGGAUUCUUGGGCCUCACUAGCUAUUACAAGAAAUUUGUGAAAAACUAUGGCCUCAUUAGCAGACCAAUCACUGACUUACUCAAUAAAAAUGCAUUCCUUUGGUCCCCUGCAGCUACAUCAGCUUUUCAACAGCUCAAGGAAGCCAUGUCCUCUACUCCUAUAUUAGCUGUACCAAAUUUCAAUAAGCCAUUUGUUGUUGAAACUGAUGCUUGUGAUACUGGUACUGGUAUUGUUCUGCUAAAGAGGGCAAACCAUUGGCUUUCUACGGGGACUGACAAUACUGUUGUUGAUGCACUUUCUAGAAGACCUCAUGAGAGUGGUACUUGCCAGAAUAUAUAUAUUUCACAACCAACUUGGUCUCAAGAAAUUAUUGAUAGCUACUCUUCUGAUGCAAAGGUACAUGCUCUCAUUGCACAUCUUGCACUCCAUCCAGCUACUCUUCCCAACUACUCCUACACUGAUGGUGUUUUGAUAUUCAAGUCAAGAAUCUGUGUUGACUCCUCAUCAGAUGUUAAGGCAAAAAAUUUGGACUGCAUCCACUCUUCUGCAGCUGGUGGUCAUUCUGGUAUUCAAGCUACAAUUUGUCUCAGCUUGUGA